AUGGCCGGCAGAAUCAUCGGCGGCAGGCAUGUGGCUACAGCUCGACGGUCCAUAAGAACGGCAGCGGUUAACAUUGACGACGUUGAGGCUCCGCGCGUGACCCGCGAGGAGGUCGAGGGAGGGCGAGAGUUCGGCAAUCUCCAAGCUCAUGUACUGGCGGAGGUUUGCGAAGGUGUUAACGCUGGUGACGCUGGUGGCCAUACUGCUGUCGCUGGUCGUGUGGAACGAGGACUCGGGACAGGAGAAAGACGUGAAGGCAGUACAGCUCAGCGGGCGGUAAGAGCUUCAAGUCUUGCAGGAGUGAACCGCGGUGGUGGUGGUGGUGGUGAUCAUGGUGUGCGAGGAGGUGGUGUUCAAGGAUGUGGAUCUCGAGGAGGUUGUGGAGGGCAGAAGGCACGUCCAGCUACGGACACGGCCACUUCAAAAGGUAUGUAG